AUGAUCGACAUAAAGUAUCAACUCUAUCAAGUCAGUGGACAAUCAAAAACUUCACAAAUCAACUCAUUGCAAUCAUACCCAACAAAAGAAAUUAUCGUAAUCUUUGAAAUCGAUAACAAUUACAACUCGCAGAUUCAAGUUUAUAGACAACAACAACAAAUCAACUAUUUACAACAACUUUCACAAACACUGCAACAACAAUCUCCACCACAGUCAGAAGCAGCAGCAUCAAAUGAUGUAGAAAUGACAUCACAUGAAGAUCCUAUCAUGGAACAAGUUGAGGAAACUGACGAUGCAAUAGAGAUAGAUCGAUUCUUAUGUGUAUUAGUGUGUAAAGGAUCUUGCAAUCAAUUCGCCUAUUUUUUCAUUUGUUGUUAUGGGUUUGAUGAAGCUAUGAAUAUGUUCGGAUGGGAGUCUGGUCUAGAUAUGGAUAGUUUGAAGAGUUUGAUCGUUGAAUCAAUCAAAACCUUAGAGUGUUUUGAUGAUUCAGAUACCAUUGUCGAUUAUAUCUAUGAAUUGGUAAAAGACAAUACUACAAAAGAAGAUGAGAAAAGAGAAUACCUCGGUGAAUUCCUUGCAUCUUUAACCGAAAAAGAUACAACAUCGUUCAUUGAUGAUAUAAUGAAAGCAUUGAAUGAAAUCGAAAAAGAGAAUCAAGAUUUAAAUAAGAAACUAUUGGAAACAAUGAAACUACAGUCAGAGUUAAAGAUUAAGGAAGUCGCUGAUCAAGAAAGAAAUGAUAAUGAUAAAUUUGAAAAUCCAUAUCAUAAAAUGUCAAGAGAGGAACAAAAGAAUAGAGAUUUCCUUCUAGCUAGAUAUGCAUAUGAAGAAGAGGAUGUAGAUGAAAAUGGAGAUAUUAUAUUGUCAGAUCAAACAGAUUCUAAUACACCCAAGGCAUCUUUGACAGUCAAUAACAACACAAAGCGUAUAGUAGAUGAGGAGAAAGCAAAGCGUGAGAAAGCCAAGAUUGAAAACGAAAAAAAGGUCGCAAGAGACAAAGAACUACUUGCGAAACAAAAGAGAGACGAAGAGAAGAAGAAAACCACAAAGAAAGAGAAAAGAAGAUUACUUCUUGACUUUUCGAUCAACAACACCCAAUCCCAAAUAAGAACAACUGAAAAAGAUUAUGAUAGGUUUAAUAAUAACAAACAAUCAAAAUUAAUAAGUCAUUCAUCUCAUAGCAUUUGCAUCGAAAAACAAUUAUUUUUAUUACCAUAA